UGCUCAUUUGCCUCAGGGAGCAGACUGGAUAAGGUGUACUUGGAGGCAGAAGUAAGGAAAGAGAGCAGCAGCAACCAUGGGUGCAGAGAAAAUAGAAAUGGAAGGUGCAGAUUCUACUCUUAUGGAGAAUGUUAAGAAGCCAAUCUCCAAGACUCACAACAAAUAUGAAAGACUGUUCCAACCCUGCCUGGCUGAAAUUGUGGGGACCAUGUUCUUUGUCUUCAUUAGUUGUGUGUCUGUCAUUGAGAACGUGCCAGCAGCAGGAAGGCUGCAGCCAGCUCUGGUCCAUGGGCUGGCUGUGGCAGUACUGGUGGCUGUCAUGAAUAACAUCAGUGGCUCCCAUUUCAACCCUCCCAUCACUCUUGCUAUCUACUUGUGUGGAGGCAUGGAGCUGAUUAUGGUAGGGCCCUACCUGAUCAGCCAGCUGAUUGGAGGAGUCAUUGGAGCUGGAAUGGCUAAGCUGAUGACCAGCCCAGAACACUUUAACGAUGCCACAGGAGCCGCCUUUGACGUUCUGAAGUCAGAGAGGCAGAUGUACAAAGCCCUCUUCGGAGAGGUGGCAAUGACCUGCCUGUUGACCAUGGCGGUGCUGAUGGUGGCAGUCAACAGCCGGACAAAAACGCCUCUCGCCCCGUUUGUGGUGGGCUGCACUGUCAUCAUCAACAUCUUGGCAGGAGGUGACAUAUCAGGAACUUGUCUGAAUCCUGCAAGAGCUUUCGGUCCAGCUGUGGUGGCCAACUACUGGACCUACCACUGGGUGUACUGGGUCGGACCCCUUGGAGGGGGAGUGGUGGCUGCUGCUUUGGUCAGGCUCAUCCUCGGAGAUAAUAAAUUACGAGUGAUUAUGAAAUCAUAGCAAGACUGUUUAUUGUCAUGGAGGUGGCAUUGAAGCUGUAAACAUUAUCAGUGCUUACUUCUGAGUCUUAUAACGUUUAAUAUUCUAUUUUAUGUAUAUUUUUCUUUCCAUACUGACUUUUGCAACUGUUGAUUUUUUAAACGUUUAAUAAAAACAUAUUUGAACUUUUCA